GGAACCGCGCGAGUCGCCCGCCGUACUUCCUGCUUAGCUCGUAGUCGCUUUUCUUUACAGUCCUAAACCCCAGCUGAUUAUUGUUUUGCCUGCUCAGAAGCUAAGUCUGGGGGCCCUCUUCAAUCAUGAACGAUUCAGACAACUUGGACAAGGUGGUCAAAAGAGAGAAAGUGCCGUAUGACAGACAGGCUGACGUGUUUUCCAUCGACCAUCACGACCAGAAGUGCGUGAUCUCGCUGGCGCAGUUCUACUCGGAGAGCGUGGGCAUGUGGAUGCGGAUCGACGACCGGGGACAGGUGCGGUGCGACGGCGACGUGCACGACAGCAGAACUUACUUUAACUACUACGUGGGAGAGAAUGAAAUCGUCCGGUUUGUAGCCAGGGGAGGAAAAUACAGGAACUUUGCCAUUUCCAUGACGAACGGAGAGUUAAGGCCUUUCCAUACACCAGAGCCCGCAAACUCGGACAUGGGAGACCCGUCCACCCAGUUUGUCCGGUCGAGAGGCAGUGACAUGGACGGCCAGCUGGUCAAGUACCAGUCCAAGAUCGACAGCAGCCGUUACUUGGCUUUUGAUCAACAAGGCAACCCGCAGCCGCUGGGCUUCUCCUCCAACGCCAUAGUCGCGGGGGAGUUCAUUUGUUUUAACAGCAUUCUAGAGAGGGAAACAGCUCUGUAAAGGUCUUUUACACAGCUGAAAUAGCCAAAUUUUCGGUAGUCCCUCUGCAACCUUUCUCUGAGUGCUAGGAAAACUAGCGAUAAGUAGCAGGCUAGUAGUUUCAGUCAUCAUUCCCAUGAGAAAGGCAGCAGGUCAGGACUAUACAAAUGUUGGCAAUUUAGUGUGUGAAUUAUUCUUUGGAUAUGUUGAAGCCAUACUCCUAAAGUAGAAGAGCCAGCAAAAUCAAAUUAUUACAGCAUCUUUAAAAGUUGUCAUGGCCUGAAUAUGGGUAGUAGGCACUCAACUACAAAUGUAGCAUCAUACCAUACGGUUUUGAUAGCGGCUUGCAGUUGAUUAUUUAAAUGAAUUAGAAGUUAAAGCACAGCAAAGUACGCAGGUUGCAAACGGAGAAAUCGUGUAUCUAAUGGCCUCUAAUGGCAUACCCGGUGCCAUGGCCAUUGUAGUGAUUCCAUAGCCUGUCUAAUGUGUUUUGGAGAUUGUGCUGGUUUGUGUGAUUUGCUUUUGAUCGAUCCCACCCGAAUAUACAUAUCUUUACAUGUAGACUUUGUACUUUGUACAUCAUAAUGGUGAUUUUGUACUACGUAUUUAAUAAAAAAAUGAAAAUAAUAAUAAAAAAAAAAUACACUCAGCUUUAUAGACUUUACACCUUACAAAGAUCGAUAUUCCUGUACUUUUUUCUUGAGGUAGAUUUUCCUCAUUUUCUUAGUAUGAACAUUCGCCAGUAACAAGGGAGAUAGGGCUGCUGGGAACGAGAGUUACAUUCUCAUACUCAGGGUACAAAACAACAUAUCAUGGUACAUAGUAGACAAAUUGUGUCCAUUAUUUUGAAACAAGCAGUUUCCCUGCAUCAUU